UGUUUGGACUGUUCCGGGGUAAAGGGGCAGGAGUACAGCCAGCAUGAACCGGCCGGGCUGCUGGCCAGCGAGGAGCCCGCCGAGGCACGGCUGGGGCUGGGGGCAGCGCAGUCUUGGACUUGGGGGCCAGCCCCAGGCCCCAGGCGCCCCAGCAGCAAAGGAGCCUUGGGAGUGCCCUGGCAUGAGCCCAGACGCCCCGCUAUCUGUAAGAACUCUGACCUCAUGGCUGCGUGAGCCUCCCCUGGGCCGCAUGGUCCAGGCCUGUGGGGGACAUCCCAGAGCACAGCCGCCAGCCUGGUCUUUGGGGACAGCCAUGACCCAGCCUCCGCCGCCCAAAGCACCAGCCAAGAGGCACGUGCGUCUACAGGAGAGGAGGGGCUCCAACGUCGCUUUGGUGCUGGACGUGCGGUCCCUGGGGGCGGUGGAGCCCAUCUGCUCCGUGAACACGCCCCGGGAGGUCACUCUACACUUUCUGCGCACAGCUGGACACCCCCUCACCCGCUGGGCCCUGCAGCACCAGCCGCCCAGCCCCAAGCAGCUGGAAGAGGAAUUCUUGAAGAUCCCCUCAAACUUCGUCAACCCUGAGGACCUGGACAUUCCUGGCCAUGCAUCCAAGGACCGAUACAAGACCAUCUUGCCAAAUCCCCAGAGUCGUGUCUGUCUUGGCCGCGCACAGAGCCAAGAGGACGGAGACUACAUCAACGCCAACUACGUCCGAGGCUACGACGGGCAGGAGAAGGUCUACAUUGCCACCCAGGGCCCCAUGCCCAACACUGUGUCAGACUUCUGGGAGAUGGUGUGGCAGGAAGAAGUGUCACUCAUUGUUAUGCUCACUCAGCUCCGAGAAGGCAAGGAGAAAUGUGUCCACUACUGGCCCACAGAAGAGGCCACCUACGGGCCCUUCCGGGUCUGCCUCCAAGACGAGAGAGAGCUCCCGGAAUACACCGUGCGGCAGCUCACCAUCCAGCAUCAGGAGGAGUGCCGGCCAGUGAAGCACGUCCUCUUCUCGGCCUGGCCUGACCACCAGACCCCGGAGUCGGCUGGGCCGCUGCUGCGCCUCAUGACUGAGGUGGACGAGAGCCCGGAGGCAGCUGCCAGUGCCGGCCCCAUUGUGGUCCACUGCAGCGCAGGGAUUGGCCGGACCGGCUGCUUCAUCGCCACCCGGAUAGGCUGUCAACAGCUGAAGGCCCGAGGGGAAGUGGACAUACUGGGCAUCGUAUGCCAACUGCGGCUGGACAGGGGGGGCAUGAUUCAGACGGCGGAGCAGUACCAGUUUCUCCAUCACACUCUGGCCCUGUACGCAGCCCAGCUGCCAGGGGAGCCCAGCCCCUGACACCGGCGCCUGGGAAGUGGCCCCAAGUGGACACCAGGGGGAACCUCACCUGUCUCUCUGGACUUAAGGACCGGAGCUUGCAUUUCAGCAGCUCUGAGAGACGCCCAGCCUGGAGCUUCAGCCCCCGCGUGUGUGACAUGGACACUACAUGCGUGGCUGCCAUUAAAGGGAAACAAUCAGAGAAGUUCUAGAAACUGUCCCAGCUACUCCACCUUCCUGGGCUGGCAAGAGGGUGAUCCCAGGUCGGUCCCCACCUGGAUCUGCCCAGGAACAAGCCAGACACCAGAGCUGGGAGAAGUCUGGCCAGACGUUGGUCAAGGUUUCCUACCACUGAAUGUUCCUCGCCCCACAUGUGAGGGCCGGAUGCCCCCAAAGAACAAGGGCCUGAGCUCACACGUGUCCUAGGAGCACACUGCACAGGUGACCAGGCCAGGCAGCUGAAGUCUCUGGAAGGGGGACAGUGGGGCCCAUCAGAGGCUCAGAGGGCUGCCCUGCCUCUGGAGCUGCCGAUCACUCACCCCGGCUACUCCCUAGGAGGCUAGCAUCGUCUGCCCUCCUUCUGUAACCUCAGAAGAUACCCUGGGCACCUUGGAAGCACAAAAGGAAGACAAGGAGACACAGAGCUCCCCUGAUUUCAGAUGACCAGCCUCGCCCCUGCAUUUGCAGAAGACACUAGAGAGCUGGUUGUCCCCACCAGCAAUCUCAGUUCAGGCCCUCCAUGCCCGACCUGGGCUCAGAGUGAACCGGGUCCCUGCUAGUUCGCCCGGAGACCUGCGUCCCCUCACCAUCUCCACACCAGCACCACCUCCAGGGCACUGGCUCCAUCUCAGCUCUGACCUGCACACCCCAGGAAGGCACUUGAACCUGAUGGGCUGUGCAUGGGCCCAGGAGGCACCGUCUCCCGGGCACUCGGCUCCUGAGGUCUGCCUUUGCUGAUGCCAGUUCUCCAUGGAACCCCCACAGGGCCGGGUCCCAGAGGCCACCUGGGGCUCCACACACGAGACCUCGCUCUGAAGGGCACAACAUGGCUGAGACUCAGAUGGAGGUUGUCUCCUUCCCGACCAAGAAACCAUCCUCCCUGCAGCCCAGGAAGGGGCUUGCCCACACCUGCCUCCCCUGGACCACGUGUCUCCCAUGACACUGGCCUGAGAGCUCUCAGCUGCCUGGUCCUGCCAGGAGCUCAGACGUAGCCAGAUGGACGCAGCUGCAUGGCCGGCAUCCACCCACAGGCUCCCCACCCUGGGCCCCCACAGGCCCCAAUCCUGUCCCAGAACGCAGAAGGUUCUGCAAAAGAGACGGAGCGGGAGAAUAAAGAUUCUUGCAUGGCUGGUUCGUUUCUUCUCUCCACCAUCUUCUCGGGCCCCUGGAGCCUCUUUUUAGCAACAGAGACAACAAGAAACCACAGGCAGGGAGCAGCUCUGACCAGGAUGCGCACUUUCCCAGCCCUUCCGGGACACAUGAAACAAAGUGAAACUGAGUCAAUUUAGGACUGGGGCAGGGUGUGCCUUAGGCGCUAGAAAGGCAGAGACCGAAAGAUAGUGCUCAGUACCCAGAAUGCUCUGGGGCCAAGACUGUCCCUCUCCACCCUGGCAGCUGUGUGAUCACUGGGGUCGUCCGGGUGGGUGUGAAGGGACGGUUGGCACUGAUAGCUUAUGUACAUUUGACAGCCAAGGACCAGGGAGUGCCCAGCAUAAGUUGGGGACUGCCCUGAGGCCUGGGUGUCCGGGGGCUGGCCUGUUCAGCAGGCCCUGUGGUUGGGUCCUCUGUGUCAGGCACCCUAUGCCCCCCACCAUCAGUCCUCCACCUGGAGGAAACUUUGGUAUACAGGCUAACUUUUCCAUUUGCCACAGAGCUUCC